CCCUGCCAAACCUGAUGGUGUGGCUAUAGUUAGUCGGCCAAGUGCCAGUAUAUAAGAGAGCGGAGGCCCCCUUCAGUAUGUCAGUCACAUCGGCUUGGCGUAGGCUUCUCCUCUCUCGACCAACCCCAAACUCCACAUAACCUUGAGAGAUGUCACCCAAGAAGGCCAAGAGAAGGCAGCAGGGCGGAGAUGGCGGUUCCUCCAACGUGUUCUCCAUGUUUGAGCAGAGCCAGAUUCAGGAGUACAAGGAGGCUUUCACAAUCAUUGACCAGAACAGGGAUGGCAUCAUCAGCAAGGAUGACUUGAGGGACGUGCUGGCCACCAUGGGACAGCUGAACACAAAGAGUGAGGAGCUGGAGGCCAUGAUCAAGGAGGCUCCCGGCCCCAUCAACUUCACCGUCUUCCUCACCAUGUUCGGCGAGAAGCUGAAGGGUGCUGACCCCGAGGACGUCAUUGUGAGCGCUUUCAAGGUCCUGGACCCCGAGGGCACUGGCGCCAUCAAGAAGGAAUUCCUUGAGGAGCUCCUGACCACCCAGUGCGACAGGUUCACCCCUGAGGAGAUGAAGAACCUGUGGGCUGCUUUCCCCCCAGAUGUGACUGGCAACGUAGACUACAAGAACAUCUGCUACGUCAUCACUCACGGAGAGGAGAAGGAAGAAGAGUAACUUUUUUACUCAUCACUCCAUCUCUCGACUUCUCCCACUCUUGCCUCUCUUUUCCUCCUCUCUCUAUCUUUCUUUCUCUUCUUUCCUACUCUCAUCCUGCUCUCUCUCCCUCCUCGGCGUGCUCUAGUUCCUCUGCUUCGACUUCCUUCGGCCUCUCACUUGCGCCAACAAAGACUUGUCUCCUGAGCUGAGCUUUUUUUUUUCGAGUGAGAGGCUUUUUAGGUGCUGGGCUUAUGAAUGUGUGAGCUACCUUGGCGGACAUGGGAUUAUUUUCAAUAAAAUAACCUUGAAACAAGAAAGCGACCUCUCCUCUCUCUCUCUCUCUCUCCCUCUCUUUCUCUCUGUCCUCUUUCUGUCUUCCAUCACUCUCUCUCUUCUCUACUCCCUCUCUUUCCUCUGUCUCUGUUGAUCCUGUCCCAACAGUGCAUGUGCCAUACCUACACCAUGUAUGCAUACAAUCAAAGCAAAGCAGACCAGCAGCGCGGUGACAGAGAGAAGCCGUUAUUUUCUUGGGUGCUAUGGCGUCGUGCUCGUUCGCUUAUUUGAAACAACUGAGCGCUCGGCCCUGGCUGGGGGACUGUUGGGCCAGGAGUACUGCGCUAUGUGGAGCAGUACAUCCCCUGUCUUUACUCUUCACGUGAAGGAGAUCUAGUUAAAAUGCAGGGGUGCCUUUUGUUCUAAAAUAGAACCCUCACCCCUGUCUUUCAGUUGCUCUCAUUCUCUCUCCUUGGAGACAGAGGAACUUUAGGGGUGUUAACUGGGAAGGGGAGACAGAGAAAAAGACUUUUAAAAAGGACAAACAUUUUUGGAAGAUCUUUAUAUAAGAGAGUGUUUAUGAUUGUGACGUAGAAUGAGUAAGAAAGAGGUCAUUAAAAAAACAAAAGAAGACAUGUUUCUUUGUUUUGGCAUCUUUUUUCUCCUUCUUAUGAUCCCGUCAUCACAAUCUUCCUCCCCCCAUCCCAUUCCAUAUCUAUGUCCUUCUGCUGUCUAUCCAUUUCUCUGCUAGCGAAAAACAUCUCUGUAACUAAUAAACCAUCAAUGAAUAAAAACACCAAUUUUUUCGUAA